UCCCAAUUCCCUUACAUAAAUAAUGCAAACAUCAUAUAUUCGUAUCACCACUAAUUCCUCUUCAAAAAUCAAGAAAGUUUUUUCAAAGAAUACAAUGAGCUCCAUCUCCCUAUCAUUUUCUGCUGCCUUACUUCCUCCAAAUCUUCAACAGGAUGUAAAUACUAGGUGUGCAUCAGUGUCUCCUAAAAAGAUGAUCAAGAAUCAGCUUGGGCCGAUCAUACGACGUAGUUUUAGCACCACCCACCGAGUUCCCGGCUUCAGUGGGAUGGUAGCAGAGAGCGGCAACGUGCAGUCGCCUGCUGUGCCAACAUCGGUCCCUGUUCGUGUGGCAAAUGAGCUACUUCAAGCCGGUCAUCGUUAUCUCGAUGUUAGAACCACCGAGGAGUUUAGUGCUGGCCACGUCGUUGGUGCUGUUAAUGUUCCUUUCAUGCUGAGGCGCGGCUCAGGUAUGGCAAGGAAUCCGAAAUUCUUGGAAGAAGUAUCAGCUCAUUUCAGAAAAGAUGAUGAGAUUAUUGUUGGGUGUCAACUGGGGAAAAGGUCGUUAAUGGCUGCAUCGGAGCUCGUUUCUGCAGGCUUCAGUGGGAUUACUGACAUGGCUGGAGGAUAUGCUGCCUGGGUACAAAAUGGACUUCCAUCUACAGAAUGACCCUUAAAAGGAAUAGGAGCAAUGUACAUGUACUAGUAUAUAUAUUCUAAUUGUGUUUCAUUUAAGCAAAUGGUUGAAUAUACGAGAACAAGACUUUCAAUUUCA